AUGGCGAUCUUCCACAGGGCUUUGGCUCGGCGCCUGAGCCUGGCUCCACCUCGACUCUUUGGGCGGGUCGGAGGGGUGCGGUUUUCAAGUGGUGCAAGUGAGGUUCCGAAGCCGACGCAACUCCAGAUGCGGAGGCUUUUCAUCACCUCCGCAGUACCCUUUGUGGCUUUCGGCAUCGUUGAUCAGAGUGUCCUCCUUUACGCCGGUGAUGCCAUUGACAACACCUUAGGGGUAACACUUGGUUUGCCCACCAUGGCAGCUGCAGCCAUGGGUCAGGUGGUGAGCGAUACCUGCGGAGUGGCUUUUGGAGGUACCAUUGAAGCAGCAGCUCUCAAACUGGGCCUUCCACUGCCUGGCUUGACAGAUGCCCAGCAGCGAUUGGGCAGUGUGAAAAGGACAUCGACCUUGGGUGGUGUUUGUGGUGUGAUUCUCGGGUGUUUCAUUGGCAUGGGCAACUUGCUCAUCAUCGACCUGAAAGCUGCUGAGCGGGCCAAGAAGGAGAAGGAGUUGGCGAAGAUCAUGAAAACCGUCAUGGAGGAUGGCCGGGCUGCCCUGGAGUGUGAUCGGGCAACACUUUGGGCUGUGGAGGAGGAUUGCAAUGAGCUUUGGAGCACCUUCGCUUCGGGUGUCGAUGGCAGUUUGCGAAUACCCAAGAGUGAAAGCAGCAUAGCAGGAUGGGUAGCCUGCAACAACCAAAUGGUCAACAUACCCGAUGUCACGAAAGACGACAGAUGGGCCCGAAAAACAAACUCAGACUAUGAGAUCAAGUCUAUGCUUUGCGCCCCAGUGGUUGUAGAAGACAAGGUUGUGGCUGUGAUACAGCUGCUGAAUAAGCUGAAUCCGCAGGGCAAGACAGUAAUCUUCGACGGGCCUGAUGAACGGGCAUUGAAAAUGAUGGCAGGUGCCAUGCAGAGCAACUACACGAUCCUGGACUGGUUGAGCUCCCAAUGGCCAACCUUUAGGAUUUUGCACAGGAUGCAAUUCAGCCUACUUCCAAAGGAAGCAGCUGAUGUGGAAGAAGGUUACUGGAUGCAGAAGGACCUGGUGCCGCUGGAAGCUGACACAGGAAGACCGAUGCGCUUUGUCUUCAACGUCGGCUUUUACAGGCCAGAUGCAUUGUACAUAGACGCGGCAGCUGACAUUGUCAGCACGGAUAUGCUUCGCACGCUGCCAGCUUUUUUUGGCCUACUCAUGGCACGGCCUGGGGAGAGGUGGAAUCUGGGACUUGCAUAUACUUCGAACGACUAUGCAGAUUUGAUUCCCUCCAAGGAUUUGUGGAGACUGCACGCGAGCAAGCAGAAGCUUCUCUACAUGCCAGAGCUCCAAGAGGUUCUGGGUGAGAAGGACCAGCAAUGCCGCGUGUACUAUGAAGCGCUGAACCGCUGGCAGGUCAGUGGGAAGCUGGCGAGCCAGGUCGGUGGAAUGCCACAGUGCUUCGAUAUGCCAACAGCUGCUACCAAGCUGAAAGCCUUUGCUGCCAAGCAGGAUCGUAUGGCCUUCGUGCGGAAGCCAGAAGGUGCUUGGGGCGGUCGUGGUAUCGAGAUCCGCUUUGGCAUCGACGACCUCAUUCCAGAUGGUCAAGAACACGAGGCAACUGGCACAUGUGAGUUCCAGCCAUUAGAGGAUGCACAGUGCUUGGGCCUGACCGAAGCGGAUGACCCACAAGCAUUUGCCUCCAAGGAAGCUUGCAGUGAUUCGUGCUGCAAGAUGGGCCUUAGAUGUGAGGCAUGGAACUGGCGAAAGACCGAGGGUUGCUGGGUUGGCAGCCCACGGUAUUGCACACCAUCCAACCCUUUCUACCUUGGUGGAUGGAAAGGAGGGCGCCGCCUCCCUACAGUUGCUGCCAGCUCUGCCAAGCAGAGGGCGGUCGUGCAGCAAUACAUUGUGGAUCCAGUCCAGUACCGGUUGGAAGGCAUUUGGCCACCAAUCACCGUGAAGACUGACAUCCGGAUCUAUGGAACAGUGGUUUCGAUGGAUCCGUUCCGUUUUUAUGUCAGCGAGUAUGGCUAUUUCCGGUCGGGCUUUUUGGAGAAAAACUACUCGGCCCAGCGCAACGAGGACUUUGAGGACCUGUUAAUGCACGUGACCCACCACAUUCCAAAGAUUGAGGCGGGGACCUAUCAAUGUCCAACAGCUCCAAGCUGGGAGCAUCCGGAGGGUGCUGAGCACGAUGCAGGCUCCGGAGGCUCCCUGCACAAGUGGUUUCGCAUUGCGGAGGAGCAGAAUGGUUUGGAUCGAAGGGAAGUGUGGAAGAACAUCAAGCUCUCACUGGCCGUUUUCCUGUUAUCAGCGAGAGAGAAGCUGAACUGUGCUUCCAAUGCAGUGCCACAUGCUUGCGGCUCUGUCGGCUUCCAUUUCUUCUCAGACCUCGUUGUGGACAGACAGGGCAGGGCCUGGCUCAUGGAGAUCCACCCCACUUUGGCCAUCAAAUCGCCCGGCCUGGGAGAUCCUGAAGCUGGCUGGGUGGAGGUUCUUACACGUUCGACACGUCAAGGGACUCUUGGAUCGUUGGCAAUGAGCUUCCUGGGCUGGGCAGACCUUCCAUACCGCCAGUGGGCGGAAUCAUUGUUGAAAGCCAAGCUUCUAUCACGCCACCGCUGGUGGCUUGAAGUUCGAGGCUUGGAGCGCCACCUCCAACAGCAACGCAGGCUGAUGCCAGGCUUGGUGCUGUGGGAUGUGAAGUUAACGUAA